AUCUGAGAAAAGUUGCGUGAAUCAUGAAUGGUUCUAUUUUAUGUCCCCUUUAUAUUUGAGAUUGGUUUAACAUAUUUUUGUAACCUGUACGAAUGCUGAGAAUGCCCUGGGUUAACUUGAGUUGUCAGUUUUAUUUACAUUCUCAAUUUCAAAUUAUUUUGUAAAUUACUGCAUUGGAGUAAUUAUAUAGUCUGUCAUUGAUAAGGAAAUAGCAGGAAAAAAAUCCAUCAGCAAUCUGCCUAUUCUGGUCAUCAGCUCUAACCACUUAUCUGAUUAAACAUUGUGAUCAAUUAUGUGGAGGAAGGCAGUCGAGUGCAGCAAAGAUAUGAAACAUAGAAUAACUGAGCUUUAUUAUGUGAAAAUUCAAGGUGGAUCUUGAAAUGACACUCUGCUUAAGAUGUUGGACACCAAUGAGAACUGCUGUUGUGUGCUCAGGUAUGCUGAACCAAAGAUGUAUGAUAAACAAUAAAAGACAAUUAUUGAAUCCUUAUUUUCUUCUGAGAAGAUUAAUAAGUGAAGAAAAAAAGAGAAAAAUCUUAGAAGAAAGAAAGAAAAUGAGGGAAGAAUUUCAGUUGAAGGAAGCACAGUGGGAAAGUGCGGUGGACAGAAGCCUGUUGUUAGAUAAAGAUGUGACGAUUUAUGAGGAGCAUAAAGCUGCAGUUGCUCGAGGCCAUUUUACAUAUGACGACCCUCUCACGGGAUAUAGAGUCAUGACAAGACUACGUCAUUUCUUAAGAGGCUCAUGCUGUGGUAAUGCCUGUAGACAUUGCAUUUAUGAUCACGAAAAUGUAGCAGACAUUGACAAAGCACGACGAAUCUACAACUCUGCAUUUUGGGUGGAUAUAAGUGAAAGGCCUGAUUUGUUGAAGAGGAACAAGAGUUAUGCAAAAUCUUCUCUGAACAUGACAGACCGCAGGAAGGAGUUUGGUCGAGGAAGAGAAGAUGAACUAUUAGAAGAAUAUUGUGAUCCAUUAUUAUUUAAACAUUGAUCUUUUUAACAAUUAUGAAGGGCAAGAAUAUAGUAACUAUAGAUUCAUGUAGUAGAAAAAUCAUAAAAUGGAUACAUAAUUUUUUUAGAUUAAAAGGAAGCAAGCCUUGUUACUUGAUUCUAUUUAGCAAUGAAGUACUGUACUUG